CCUAAGCUACACUUGAGAGGUCCUCUCUCCACCCCCAUUCCCACCACACGCUGCUAUAUCUUCCAUAGAAUCAUUAAUCUGAACUCCAUUUAAGUUAACACCUUCUUCCUCCUCCGAUGGGCAGCUUCGCCAAGAAUAUGAUCCUAUGCCAUGCCAACAUCACCAUGUCCCGGAGAGACAACCACCAUCCGCGGCCACAACAAGCGGUCCACCCACCGGAGGAGAAGCCGAGGAUGACGACACGGCGGUGGGCUUUGCUGGUUGCAGUCCUGGCAGGCUCCGGGAUGCCGGGGUUGUGGCGGCCACCACCGCCGGCCCAGGCGCAGAGCUGGGGCACGCAUUCGUUCGUCAAGGAGAAGUACUUCCAGCCUGGGCUGACGCCGGAGGAGGCGGCGGCGAGGAUCCGGCAGACGGCGGAGGGGAUGCGGGAGAUACGGCACAUGCUGGAUACCAUGUCAUGGCGGUUCGUGUUGUUCUACGUCCGGCUCAAGGGGGCCUAUCUCGACUCCGACCUCAAGAACGCCAUGGCCACCGUCCCGGAGGCCCGCCGUAAGUCCUACGUCAAGAUCGCCAACGAACUCGUCGAUAACAUGGCCGAGCUAGAUCGUUAUGUAAGAUCUCCCAAGGUGUAUGAAUCCUACCUCUACUACGAGAAGACUCUAAAAUCACUGGAUGAACUGAUAGCAACGAUGGCUUGAUUUUGAGAGACGAUAUGUGCUGAGGUUGGGUAAGGUGUUAGAGCUAAAAUUUGUAUGACCAGAUAAACAAAUCUGCAGCAAAAGAGCCUGUUCGAUGCAAGAAGCUUUUGAAGGAGCUGUGGUGGAGUUUGUAGCAUUGAAUUUUGCUUCAUCAAGGUACAUAAGGGAAGGCAACUUGUACGUGUUUCCAAUCUAUGCCUUCAUUUUAAUGGAAACCUUUCUUCUUUGGUGCUAAAUUCUAAUUUGCAGAAAGGACCCAUCACAUCUUUUAUUUAUUAUCCUACUAACAACAAUGCAUUGUAACUUAUUCUAAACUUAUGAUGAUGAAGAAAUUUUUUUGCAAAGAGAUAAAUAGAACUUUCAUACUA